CAAACCCCCUAAUUUCGGACAGGGUACGUAAUUUCGGACACUCAGUGUUUUUGCUCUUUUAUUGAUAAGAACCAAGGGUACAAGUAAAAGUGAACACUUCUUCUAUUAGUUUAGAUCACGGACAAUCUCCUUGAUGUAAGAAUUUUCAUUUUACACUAUUUAUUUAGCCAUUAAAAUGGACUUUACAAAGUGCUUCAUGUAAAGUGUGGGGAAAAAGUUAUUCACAGAGUCUAUCCAAAUGCUUUCAUAACCACGAAAAUCGCUCUAAAAUAUCAAGAAGUCACUGGUAAUUAAAAAUAAAAUUCAUUUAUCAAAUUUCACGUUUUGUUUCUAUUAUUUAAAUCCUAAAAACUGAAAAAGUUGCGAAACGGAUCAUUAUUUCGGACACUUUGGUUAACGCUUUACCGAGAUUGGAAGGGUAACACUGAUGCACUUGCAAAUGUGUAUUUUUCGAGUUCGACGGUAUUUUUUCAAGUGUUUUCAGUUUUGAUGAAGAUAUUGUACUAUUAUUUCACUCAUUUUCCUAAAAACCAUUCUGAAAAGUAAAAGUCGGAGUCGUAAAAUCAUCAACAAGGAGUUUGAUAAGAAAUUGUUCAAUGUUACCAACUUAUUUUUCUAAUGAGAAAGUGGAUAAUGAGAGUGCUGAACAUUUCCUUGAAAAAUUGUUUUUCUCUACAUUUCACAUCAUGAUUCGAGCUGUUUUUGAUUGGAGUUGUUUUUCAGAGGUAAAUAAUUUCUUUUUCAACUAAAAUUUUCGAGUUCCCACGUUAAAGAAAAAGUGUCCGAAAUUAGGGUACCUUGGACCUAAUUUCGGACACUUUUCGGAUUCAAAUUAAAUAAACAAAAUCACGUAAAAUUUAUAAAUUGAUGCUCAAAAACGAUUCACACGAUGACAUUCUAUGAGAAUGUGAAGAUAAACACCAAGUUGAAUCGCUCGUUUUAAAGCCCUUUUCGAAAAACGUGAAAAAGUGUCCGAAAUUAGGGGUUUUGACAGUAACUUUAAAUUGCAGGAACUUCGUAGAAGUUAUCUGAUAACAAGUUCUGAGUUUCUUCCCGCUUUGAAAUUUUCAUUUUGCUCAAAAAGCUUCCCAAUCCUAAAUUCAAAUUGUUCUGGUUCCUCCACAAUUUUAUUUACAACUUGUAUUAUUAAAAAACAGACUUUUAUAGUUUUAUAGUUGAGCAGUGUACGUGUAAUUUGUGGCUCUGUUUGUUGAAUUCAUAACUUUUAUAUACUUUCUUCAUGAUGAGAACCAAUGGUGCUUUGCUGGGAAAAUGUACAUCGAAACGUGUUAGCAUGAUUGGAACUGUCCAAGUUGUAUUGCCGAAUAACAUGGCAUUCAAUAUUCUAUCUGGUGAUAGUUUCAAUGUAACAGUCAACCUGAAAGAACCAUUGUCAGAGAACGUAUCUGGAUUAGUUGAAGUUCAUGGAAUUGCCAAGGGUUCGUCGACCAUUGAUUGUGAUUAUUAUAUACUGUUUCCAUUGGAGUUAGCUAAGACAUAUGAUGCAACUGUAGAUAAUGAAGCUGUGAAUCUAGGGUAUCAUAUCGCCAAUGCGUGGCACUGAAGUUCCAUUUUCAUUAUUAUUUCGUUAUGUAAGUUCUUUCAUUCAUUUAAUUAGUACUUAAAAUUUGUUGAUUUUCUGAGUAAUUCGAUGCACCAUUUUCCCCCUUUAGAAUAAACAAUACAUAUUUAAUAAAACACUUCUUAAAAAGUCAAUUGAUUUUGUGCAUUUUAUUUGUAAUAAAAAGCUGUUAUAAAAUAUGUAAUUUACUUACAAAAUUAUUUAAAUGAUAAUUAAACUUUUAUUAUUUUUUUAUCUACAAAAUCUAAUUUAUACUUAUAUUCUGUAAUUAAGACACAAAACAAAACAUUUCAUCGUAAAAAUAUUAAAUAUAUAUAUUCAAUUUGAAGAUGUUUAACGUAAGGUACUCGUAAUUAUUAUUUAACAGAUGUUCAUUCCUUUUUAUAAUAAAUAAAUACGUAAAAUGGUUAA